UCUCAGAUGAACAGGCGGAGAGGACCAGCGUUAUCCCCCAUGGCUACUAAUUCUUUGUGCAUGGAAACAGCCCGGACCCCCUGCAAACUGCGGAGGGAUUAAGCCCAAGAGACAGUCCAUUGCCGCCGCGGACGAUGAUCGCCUAUCUGUCCCGGGGAAAUCUGCAGGAUAUAUUAAAUGAAGGCUUCCCGGAGCAGCAGCUGCAGGCUUACGUCGCCUGGGUGAACUCCCAGCUGAAGAAGAAAGCAGGGGUUAAUGCCGUCCAGGACCUGCGGCUGGACCUGCGGGAUGGGGUGGUCCUGGCUCAUCUGAUAGAAAUAGUCGCCGGUGAGAAGCUGAAUGGGAUUCACUGGGAUCCAAGCGGCACGCAAGAAAUGAAGGACAACGUAGAAAGAGUUUUGCAGUUUGUGGCAUCCAAAAAGAUCCGAAUGCAUCAGACAUCAGCCAAAGAUAUAGUGGACGGGAACCUGAAGUCUAUCAUGAGACUGAUACUUACCUUAGCGGCUCACUUCAAACCAGUUUCUGGGCGAUCCAUGAAUCAUGGUGCGUUGGGCGUGCCAGGAAAGAGCCAGCCGGCUUAUUCUGCCAAUCACAGACCCCACUCCACCACAGCCAUGGCACAGGGUGCAGCCGCUGCCCUCGCAGACGUUCGUCAGGACAUGUCUCUCUCAGGACGAGAUGUCUUCCGCUAUCGACAGAGGAACAGCAGCAUGGACGAAGAGAUUGGAAACCCGUACUGGAGCGUGCGGGCCAUGGUGCAGCAGUAUGAAGGUCACCAGCCUAGUCGCUCUCCAUCAGAGUCAUCUAGCCUGGCGUCGCCAAGUCCUGUGCACAGCUCAAAGUCAGAGGUGAACGGAGUUCAGUGCGAAGAGAAGGCGGAAAUCACCAUCAUACAGUGCGAGGAGGCCAUCUCUAAGAAAGAAGAAGGCUCCAUACCUCCACCUGAAUGUCAGCCCUCCAGCCGUACCAUAUGCCCGGACCUCUCAUGGGAGGACCAUCUCCUGGAGCAACAGGAUCAUUUAGAGAAGGAGAUGGAAGAAGCCAAAAAAAUGAUAUCUGGUUUACAGGCCUUGCUGCUAAAUGGAUCCCUUCCCGAAGACGAACAAGAGAGCUUGUUCUGCCUGCGUGAGGAUGGGGCGUGCCCAGAGGAACAAUUGGUCAUCAUCAAAAGUCGCCUUGACCAAAGUAUGAGUGAAAACCAGUCUUUAAAGAAGGAACUUCAAAACUGCAAGCAGGAAAAUCGGAACCUGCAAGCCAUAAAGGAUGCCCUGCAGCAAAGGAUGGCUCAGCAAGAAGGCGUCGUACUUCAGCUAAAGCAAGAACUGCUGAGAACCAACAUGGACAAAGAUGAGCUGCACAAUCAAAGUGUUGAUUUGCAAAGAAAAUUGGAAGAAAGAAACCAGUUUAUUGCAGAAUCUAAAAAAGAAAUUGCGCAGAAAGAUAGGCUCAUACAGCAAAUGCAAGGGAAACUGGAUGAUGCACAUCGGAAACUUUCCGAAGCCAAUUAUCAAAAGAACGAUCUUCAGAAAGAGUUAGACAACAGGAAGGUCCUGCUGCAGCAGCUCUUGAGCCGGGAGGACGACCAGGUCACUGGUUACAUCAAUCACCCCUCACAGACUAAUGGAUUCUUACAGACGUCUGGCAAAGGUCCUACACGAGAUCCAGCACCUCAGAGGACGGCCAAUGAUCUGCAGCUGGUCCGCGAUGCUCUGCGCAGUCUAAGAAAUAGCUUUAGCGGUCACGACCCUCAGCAUCACACUAUAGACAGCCUGGAACAGGGCAUAGCAAGCUUGAUGGACAGACUGCACGUCAUUGAAAACCAAAGGAGACAAGACCGGAAGACACGAGGAAGGCUGUCAGGAAAUAAAGAGUUAAAUGAAUACAGAGACUCGUGGCCUCCAAACUCAAAGAUGCCCCAUUCUCAAAGUGCCCCAGUAAUGGGAAGUAGUAAUUCCUGCACCAAAGUGCUGUAUUUUACAGAUCGCUCGCUUACACCCUUCAUGGUCAACAUACCAAAGAGGUUGGGGGAGGUGACACUGAAGGACUUCAAGACAGCCAUUGACAGAGAAGGAAACCACCGAUACCACUUCAAAGCUCUGGAUCCAGAAUUUGGAACAGUCAAAGAAGAGGUAUUUCACGACGAAGAUGUAAUUCCAGGGUGGGAGGGUAAGAUAGUGGCAUGGGUGGAGGAAGACCAUGGAAGCACCUAAAUGUGGUGAACACUCUUAACUUCUUGACCAGUAGAGUGGACAAGUGAUGGACUCAUUUUGUGAGUGCAUUAUUCUUCAAGCUGCCAAAAAGGUCCCUAUGGGUACCAAAAGAACCUUGUCUAUACACGAACGAGGGAUGAAGACGGACAAAGGAAAUUGCCGGCACUGUAUAUAUAGAAUCUACUGCGUAUUAAACGCUGUGGACAGUUUACAGAGGAGCUCGUCCUUGACGUAUGGAUAGCACAAGCUUCUUCACGUGUACAUAUCCUGAUGGAGAAAAUU